AUGAGCACGGCAUUGCAGCUUCUAGCACAAUACUAUGAAGCUGUUAUUGAAAGUGACAGAAUCUAUCAUGAACAUAUUUCUAGCAACCUGACCACAGGCGCUGACGUCAAUGACGAGGCCCAACAAGAUUCCAUACUUAUGAAGGAAACGAUCAGCUUACAGCGGCAGGUCACCCAAUUAAUUGCAGAGUGUAACCUCUUAAAGCAGGAAAAUGAGAAGCAUAAGCAAUUACACAAGACGCAGAUAGCGCUUAUGGAAUCCAAGUUGGAAAAUGCCAAAAAGCGGGCCACUAAGCCCAAAUCAACCUCUCCCAAGGAUGGCCCUAUUAACACCCAUAAAGUUCAACUAUUAAGUCCUAUAAGCAAGGAUAAGUUGCAAGGCAAGGAAAUAGUCGACAGCCAAGGGGUAAGUAAAAUUGCGGGUGCCCUUGAGAUGGCAGCGAAGCAAAAUGAAGGGUUACGCCAUGCUAUCAAUAAGAAUAUGCCCACAUUGUUUGAUGACGACACCAACGAUUUCGCAGAAAACUCUCACGAACAUUCCAAUGGAAACUCCUUUUCCCAUACCGUGAGAGAAAAAGGCAAAUUGAAUAAGGUUGUUCUCCCGAGAGAUAACUUGCCUCAUUCUUCAAGCGAUACCGAGGAGCCUAAGCAUAGCCAUGACCGCGCAAGUAUUAAUGAAGCCGAAGGAUUCCCGAAAGCAAAACAGAAAAAACGACGUCUGAUAAAAAAAAGGGUACAAACAGUUGAAACGGAUAGCGAAAAUCCUUGA